UGUUAAGAGUGAAACAAGCUCUUUGCCGUGGGCCCUGUGUGUUAUUCUCGUUCUCGUUUUUAUGAAAACGGUGUAAGGGAUGCUGUGUUCCUCCUUGUGCGGGUUUUGAGGGCUUCAUUGAGACUUGUGUGCAGGUUGUAUCAGCUGUUCUGCUGGAUACAGAGUGGUUGCGUUGCUGUUUGUGUUGCAGGGAGAGAGAGAGCAGCUCGGCUAUCAUGGCUCCUCUGAUGCGAGAAGGCGGAGAAGAGGUGGAGUGUAUGAAAACUGGUCAUGUCAGGACAGAGAAAAGGAGCUUCAGCACGUCUUCGGAAAUGUGCCUUCUGUAGAACCAACAGAGAUAAGGAGUGUGGUCAGUUACUGGUGGCAGAGAGCCACAGGGUGGCAGCCCACCACAAGUGCAUGCUAUUCUCAUCAGCCUUGGUCACAUCUCAUUCAGACAGUGAAAACAUCGGAGGCUUUUCUAUUGAAGAUGUGAAGAAGGAGAUAAAAAGAGGAAAUAAACUAAUGUGCACUUCCUGUCACCGGCCUGGGGCGACCAUCGGCUGUGAUGUAAAAACAUGUAGAAGGACGUACCAUUACUAUUGUGCUCUAUGGGAUAAAGCCCAGACCAAGGAGAAUCCCUCUCAAGGCAUCUAUCUAAGAAAGCAACUCCAAAUAGGUUUGGAACCAGGUAAAAGUGUUUACUGUCGCAAACACAGAGAUGCCUCUCAAGAUGGCAGUGAUGAUGAACAGGGAGUUGCAGCCAAUGAUUCGGAUUCAUCUCCACCGAGGAGCAGAGGAAGGGGGCGUUUCGAGAAAAGCAGAAUCAGAGGUGUAUCUCGCGGACAGUCAGAUGACACCCGAUCCACGUCGUCGCAAGGCAAUGACGAUACAGAAAGCUCCUCGCAUCGAGACCGGUCUCCUCUGAGAGGCAGCCCUGGUGAUUCGGGUCUUCGAUGUGGUUUUUGUCAUGCCGGUGAAGAAGAGAAUGAAACGCGUGGUGUGCUACACUCCGACAAUGCCAAGAAAGUUGCUGCCCACUACAAAUGCAUGCUUUUUUCUUCGGGUACUGUCCAGCUAACUACCAGCUCUCGUGCCGAAUUCGGGAACUUUGACAUUAAAACAGUCAUCCAGGAAAUCAAGAGAGGAAAAAGAAUGAAAUGCACGCUCUGUGCCCAACUCGGAGCCACCAUUGGAUGUGAAAUAAAAGCUUGCGUGAAGACCUACCAUUAUCACUGUGGCCUGCAAGACAAGGCCAAAUACAUAGAGAACAUGGCGAGAGGAAUUUACAAGCUGUAUUGUAAGAAUCACAGUGGAAAUGAGGAAAGGGAUGAGGAAGAUGAGGAGAGGGAAAGUCGUAGUAGAGAGAAAGCUGCUAUUGACAACAGAGCAGAUCCUCCAUCGCAGGUCAACGGCAACUAGGAGAUGGUGCAUGAAGACGGGAGACAUGACGGGGAUAAAAGAAAUAUUUUUGUAUAAUCCUCAACUAGAAACUAGAAAGGGGCCAGCUCACGAUAUCUUCAGUUUUCCUCUCUUUGACAGUAUUUCAUGGACAUUGUGAGUGAGAAUGUAAGUUCAAUAUCAGAUGAUAUCGAUAUGUUACUGCAGUGUAAACCCUAACUUAGCUGGAUAGAUUUUAUUUAAGCAUAUGGUAUAUUAAUACUUCAAACCAUAUGAAUGGACGGCUGGAACAGUGUCAUCUGUUUGUGCUCAACCCUCCACUUUCCUCUAUGGCUGGACCCACACUGAGAAAGACUGAUCCUGGACUGUUUAUAGCGCAUCUCUUUCAAACCAUCAUGUUUAAUAAGCCUUUUAAAGUACUCUUUCAUGAAAGCUCUCUGUUUUUUCCUCUUUCUCUUUCAACAUGUAUUAUAUUUUAUUACUGUAUUAUACUCAUGAGUAAUAUUGGAUAUCAGUGGUUUUCUUUAUAGUACUGGACAGGAUUAAAGAACAUUGGCUAGCAUGCACUUUUCUUUA